CAUUGCGGCUAUCUUAUUCUCUGCAAUAUAUUUCAGCUUUGGCCUCGUUUGCUUUCAAAUACUGAUGUAUGAUUAAUGUCAAUGUUUAACAGCUGCUUGUCAGAGAGCCGAAAACGCAAAAAGCCACUUGAGCGUCCAGUCGGUGUGGUGACGUUUCGAGCCGCAGCCUCUCUGCAAGCAGCGGCGCUGAGAGAAAAAAACAAAACAAAAACGUUUUUCACAGGAAGCAACAGCGAGGAAUGGAUCAAUCAACAGGUGCUCGGUUCUCAUCAACCUUUACUGACUUUCCACACAGACAGGAAGCCGCUGUGUUUUCCUCUUACGCUCAUUCUUAACUGAAAGAGGAAGUUUCCUCUCCCCCAUCUGGGUGCGAUCGCGCACCGCGUCUCCAGUCCCGUGUUGCUUGAGCGGCGAGCAGCGGGCUCCUCUCCGCCAUGAACGUCUACCAAGAGGCGCUGAGCUACCUGGAGUCCCACCAUGCUGCAGCAGGAGGAGAGGGCCUGGAGGAUGUUUUCCAUGAGGAGGCGGUCUCCUGUUUCCUCUCCCCUCUCUGCUCUGAGAGCAUCGACUUCCCGGACACCCCGACGUCAUGCAGCCGCGAGGAGAUGCUGGAGAAGAGGCUGGUGGUCCUGAGGGGCAUCCUGGAGAGCGAGGAGGUGUACCUCAGGGAGCUGGACGCCCUGCUGGCGCCCAUGAAGGCUCUGCGGGCCUCGGCCGGGACGUCCCAGCCGGUGCUUUCCAGUCAGCAGGUGCAGACGGUUUUCUACCAGAUCCCGGAGCUCAAAGACAUUCACCAGAGCUUUUACUCCGGCCUGAAGGCCCGACUCGGCUCUCACACGCCGCCGGACGUCGACUCCGGUCAGGAAACGGUGACGUCGUGCAGCAACUCUGAGCUGGAGAUGGGAGACCUGUUUCUGAAACUGGUAAACCAUCUCGGGCUGUAUGGAGGAUUCAUCGAAAACUACGAGAAAGCGGUGGAAGUGGUCAGGAAGUGCACACAAGCGAAUCCUCUCUUUCGGACUCUUGCUGAGACCUUGUACAUUAACGGUGCCAACAAAGCUCGGACGGCAUGCACUCUAGAAGCUCUGCUCUACAAGCCUUUGGAUCGAGUAACUAAGACCACACUAGUGCUGCGGGAUCUCCUGAAGACGACGCCGGUGGAGCACAAAGAUUACGCAGCCUUACAAGAAGCUCUCAGACUGUCUCAAAGCUUCCUGUCUGGUGUCAACGAGAGUUCACAGAGCAAACGGGAGGUGACGCUCACUCACGGCAUGAGGCGACAGCUGAUGCGCGACGGCUUCGUGGUGGAUGCGAGCGAAGGCGUCCGCAGCCUGCGCCACUUCUUCCUGUACACCGACCUCCUGCUGUGCACCAGAUUCAAACACGCAGGCAGAGGGAAGCAGGACCAGUACAGGUUCAGCUGGUACCUGCCGCUGGCCGGGCUCAGGACCCGCUGGGUGGCAGAUCACGAGCAGCCUCCCGAUACCACCGUUCGCCUGCUCACGUUGAGGACCAAGAUGUUCCUCCUGCGGCAGCAGCUGCAGCAAAAUCCGAAGGGCGCCAGAGGCUUGACUUGGACGGCUCGCAACAGGAAGAAACUGGAACAAAUGGAGCUGCUGCUUCUCACACACUCCCCAGUUUACAGACUGGACCUGCACAGCCCCAGUGACAAGAGUCACACUUUGUUCUUCUCCUCUCUGUAUGAACUGGAAGAGUGGAGAGAUGCCAUCCAUAAACUCACCACAGGAAACAUCGAAACCAUCCCUCCAGACCUGCUCACGCUCACCAGCGCCUGCGUGAAACUGAGAAUGACGCAGCAGCCACAUCUACACAGCUCUGUCGCCGAAGAUGGGAAGUUGCUGUGUGGGACUGUCAGUGUGGCGAUCCAUUCAGCUUCUGGCCUGCAGGAACCAGCUUGUGUUUAUGUGUGCGUGGAGGUGGAUGGCUAUGAGUUUUACGAUAAACGAGCCCAGACGCAUUCGUCCGUCCGCAGCCUCAACCCUCUCUGGGACCAGGAGCUGUCCUUCCAGGUGGACGGUGCACAGAAGAUGAUGGUGCUCUGCGUGAGCCAGUCAGAUGGGGAGGAGGCGGUUCUGGGAAAAACUACUGUGCAGUUGGACUCUACAAGCCUGAGUUGUCGGUGGAGGAGGCAGACCCUCCAGGUGGGCCAGCUGGAGGUGACUCUCUCCCUGAAGUACUGUCCGCACCCACUGGAAGCACCAGGCACGCCGAUUCAACAGCCACCCGUCUUCUGUGUCCCCAUCGAAAAGGUGGCCCAACAGGAAGGAGUGCUGGUUCCUCAUGUGGUGAGAUGCUGCGUGGAGGAGGUGGAGCGGAGAGGCAUGGACGAGGUGGGAAUCUACAGGAUUUCAGGCACCGCCACCGACAUCUGCUCGCUCAAGGCCGUGUUCAACACCAAUCUAAGGGAAGCAGUGACCAGACUGAGAAGUGCUGAAGUGAACACGGUGUCUGGCGUCCUCAAACUUUACUUCAGAGAGCUGCCGGAGCCUCUCGUGCCCUCGGAUCUGUUCCAGAGUCUGGCAAAAACUCUGGACAUCCAGGACAUGAACUCGCGGCUCGUCUCCAUGCUGUCUCUGCUGCAGUCCAGUCCUGACGUCAACCGCAACACUUUCCUCUACCUCAUGCAUCAUCUGCAAAGAGUUGCUAAGAGACAAGAUGUUAACAAAAUGACUCUGAUGAACCUGGCUACAGUUUUUGGUCCCAGCCUCUUACGCCCCCCGGCGGCAGGAUUGGAGCACAAUGGAGUCACAGUGGACAUCUCGCAGGAGGUGGUGAUACAGGUCCAGGUGGUUUUCUCCUUCCUGCAGAGCAACAACCUCCCUGAAGCCCAGACCUCUCUGCCGUACGGCUCAGACACCGAAGAGGAGACCACCCACAUGUGAGCCCACCGUCCGCCUGGAGGCCGGCAGGAGGUCAACGUAACAAGAAGGGGGGGGGGAGAGGGGUGUUUAAGCUCAGCUGUAAGAUAAUAAACUUAAUUUAUUGUUUAACAGAACACG